CUGUACCGAGGCUGUACUUAUGGACGGGCACGCCCAUCUAGGCUGUACUGUGAGGAUCUAGGACUCGUAGGGAGUGAGCUAUACAAGACUUUAGACUACUUGCUACACCCCCUAAAAUGGAGCCAGACCAAGACAUCCAGUUGGAGCAGUUCUGUCAGCUCCUUCCUGCAGACAAGGCUUGUCCCACCAUUGUCCUAGCGGACGGCGUUUCCUUGGUACUGGGCAGAGGGCCACUUACACUCGUCACAGACAGUAAACUAUCCAGGAGUCAGGUUGAAGUAACCGCCGACUACCCCAAACAAGAGCUACUAGUGAGACAGCUUGGGGCCAACCCCUCAGUAGCUGCAGGCACUUCUCUGAGUAAGAGCAGCACUAUUCUCCUCGGACCAAUGGCCAGCAUUGAACUACUCGAAGGAAAAUACAAAUAUCACAUUCAUUUUGGAAAGAAAAUUCCAGAAGAUGCACUGGAGAAACUUCAGAGCUCUGAUGAUAGAGAUGUCGAUUUGGGACGAGAGAAAUCUCCUAAUGAAAGUGACUUAUCAUCGAGCACAUCACGAAAGCGUGCACACUCACAAAGCAUUAAUGGAGAAGAUACCACUUCCUCCAAGAAGCUUAAAGUAUCUAAACCCACUAAACCACCAUUGGCUACUAGGACCUCUACUAGGACCUCUACUAGGACCUCUACUAGACUAGCAUCAAAAGCAACCAGUGAGAAAUCAAAAGAAUUACUUGCUUCAAAAGCAACCAGUGAGAAAUCAAAAGAAUUACUUGCUUCAAAAGCAACCAGCGAGAAUAAAUCUUCUGUAAUGAAUGAAGAAUCUUCAAUCGAUAAACCAAAGCAAUCGUCAUUAGAUGCCUUUUUCUCUGGUGGAUCUACGUCAAGUGGUAGUGUUGAGAUGAGUUGCUCUUGGGAGGAGGUGGACACCAUGUUGAUCCUACAGUAUGGGAACGCAGUGCAUUGUAGUAAACUGGCAUGCUUUGAUCUCGAUGGUACUCUAAUUCAGACAGCCUCGGGAAAAAGGUUUGCUACUGGACCUACUGACUGGAAACUUUUCCCCAAGGUCUACCCCAAACUACAUUCACUUCACGGGGAAGGUUUCAGAAUCGUUAUUUUCACAAAUCAACUUGGCAUCUCAAAAGGGAAACCGACAAAAUCAGAAUUCAAGCAAAAAAUGGAAUCCAUUGCAGCCAAGCUAGAGCUACCUAUACUGGUGAUCGCUGCUACUGCUAGAGACGUGUAUCGCAAGCCUGCCCCCGGGGGCUGGAACUAUCUGGUAGAGAAAGAGAAUGGAGGGUAUGUGGUGGACAAGAGUGUGAGCUGCUUCGUCGGUGAUGCAGCAGGGAGAGAGGCCAAUUGGAAACCAGGAACAAAGAAGGAUUUCUCUUGUGGUGACCGACAAUUUGCUGCCAACUUCGAUCUUAACUUUUCGACACCGGAUGAAUACUUCCUCGGUCAACCGAAAACCCAAAAAUUCUCAUGGGGCGAAUUCAUCCCAUCCGCUUUUGAUUACACCAAGACCACGCCCAUAUUGACUCCACCCUCUGCGAAGAUGCACUCGGACUCUCAAGAAGUGAUUAUAUUUGUUGGAUGUCCGGCUUCAGGGAAAUCAACAUUUUACACGAACCACCUUUCAACUAAAGGCUAUGCGCAUGUCAAUAGAGACAAGAUCGGAUCUUGGCAAAAAUGUGUUGGAGAAUGUAACAAAUUAUUGGCAGCUGGUAGGAGCGUUGCCAUUGACAACACGAGCCCAGACGUGGAAUCAAGAAAACGGUAUAUCGACUGUGCCCAGAAAUUCAGUGUACCUGUUAGGUGUUUUCAAUUCAUGACCACCGCAUCUCAUGCCAAGCAUAACAAUCGAUAUCGAGAGAUUACACAGAAGAGCACUGGCUAUGUUAAGGUCAAUGAUAUGGUUUUUAAUAUGUACAAGUCCAAAUUUUGUGAGCCAGCCAUGUCGGAAGGGUUUGCAGAAGUUGUGCAAGUUGAGAUUGCACCCGUUUUUAAAGACAAAGAGAAAGAAGAACUUUAUAGAAUGUUUCUAGCAAGCAAAUGAUGCCUGACUAAACAAUUGUUUCUUAUAAUGCACAUGUUCUUAACUAUAAUUGUUUUAUAAUUAUUGUUAAAGGCCCCGAUAUUGAUGUCGAUUUAUGGUAAAGAUCAUUU